GAGACUUCUUUCUGGAGAAAGAGAUCUUCAAAUAUGACUGUGAUGGAUCACCGACACAAGCCAUGUCAUUUUCUCCUCCUCCUUCUCCUUCUGAUCACUGUCUUCUCCGCCGUGUUGGCCGGUGUUUCGUCGGAGACAGACGUCGGAGGUUUUGACUACGGUGAAGCAUUGUCUAAAAGCUUACUCUACUUUGAAGCUCAGAGAUCAGGGAGACUUCCGUAUAACCAGCGCGUGACUUGGCGUGAUCACUCUGGUCUCACCGAUGGUCUUGAACAAGGGGUGGAUUUAGUGGGAGGAUAUCACGACGCCGGUGAUCAUGUUAAAUUUGGACUUCCGAUGGCUUUCACGGUGACGAUGUUAUCAUGGAGUGUAAUAGAGUACGGUGACACACUCGCUUCCACCGGCGAGUUAUCUCACGCGCUUGAAGCCAUCAAGUGGGGAACAGACUACUUCAUCAAGGCACAUACAAGCCCAAAUGUUUUAUGGGCCGAAGUAGGCGACGGUGACACUGACCACUACUGUUGGCAAAGACCGGAGGACAUGACGACUUCACGGCGAGCUUUCAAGAUCGACGAGAACAAUCCUGGUUCAGAUAUCGCCGGGGAAACUGCCGCGGCUAUGGCGGCAGCUUCGAUCGUUUUCCGUUCAACAAAUCCACAUUACUCUCACCUUCUCUUGCACCAUGCCCAACAAUUGUUUGAGUUUGGAGACAAGUACAGAGGAAAAUACGAUGAGAGUCUAAAAGUUGUGAAAAGUUAUUAUGCCUCGGUGAGUGGGUACAUGGACGAGCUUUUAUGGGGUGCCACGUGGCUUUAUCGAGCCACCGACAAUGAGCACUAUAUGAGUUAUGUGGUUGACAUGGCUCACCAACUAGGUGGCCUUUCUUGGGCCAUGUCCGAGUUUAGCUGGGACGUCAAGUUCGCCGGCGUUCAGCUCCUCGCUUCCAUGUUGCUAAAAGAAGAAAAGCACAAGCAACAUUCUAAAGUCCUACAGCAAUACAAAUCAAAGGCGGAUCAUUACCUAUGCUCAAUUCUCAACAAGAACAUCAACGGCACAAACGUUCAGCGAACUCCGGCUGGUUUACUCUACGUCCGGCAAUGGAACAAUAUGCAAUACGUAUCCACCGCAUCUUUCCUCCUAACCGUAUAUUCCGAUCAUCUCCGAAAAUCAAACACCGAUCUCGAGUGUCACGAAGGAACCGUAACUCCUGAUGAGAUGCUCGGCUUUGCGAAAUCUCAAAUCGAUUACAUUUUAGGAUCAAAUCCGAUGGAAACAAGUUAUCUAGUCGGGUACGGUCCAAAAUACCCGAUUAGGGUUCAUCAUCGAGGCGCGUCUAUCGCUUCUUUUAAAGAACACAAAGGGUUUAUUGGAUGUACUCAAGGAUAUGAUAAUUGGUACGGACGAUCCGAGCCAAAUCCGAGUGUUUUAGUUGGGGCUUUGGUUGGAGGGCCGGAUGACCAGGAUGAAUUUGAUGACCGGAGGGAUAAUUACGUUCAAACAGAGGCUUGUACGUACAAUACUGCUCCAUUGGUCGGUGUGUUUGCCAGACUUAUAGAGCUUGAGGAGCAAAAACUUGAAGAAGAAGAUGUGAGCUUGGUUGCAACUUAUAAGAGAUAGUUUUUAUUUAGAACAAUCAAUACAAAAAAAGAAAAUGUGGUUUUAUUU